GCCAGCAGAGGCAGAAGUAUUAUGACCUGAUUGUGAAUGGUUCCUACACGCCUCAGACGGUCCCCUUGGGGGGCAAGGCCUUAGUUGAUUGCCUCACCCCGCAGACCCCCGCACAGCAACAGCCUGAUGUGUCUUCUGAAAUCCGGCGUCGGCUCUCCAGCGAGUUGGCACUGUUGGCAGCGGGUGUCCAGCAAGCCCUCAAGUCUGGAAACAUCACUCCCGGUUCAGCGGACACCGGUUUCGGUGAGCAGCGCCUGGACACGCCCCCCUCUUCGUCCAUGACAGGCGGCUACACCUCGGGGUCCUCAGCCUCCUCUCAGAGCGGAACACCAUACAGCUCCAGAUCAGGGACGCCGUUCUCUCAGGAGUCGGGCUAUUCUGGAACCCGGUGG